AUGGAGAUUGCCACGAUGGAUCCUGUGGCGCAGCGGGAGUUGCAGCGCAUGACGCAGGCGAUUGAACAGUACGCGGCUCGGCUGGACUCUCUCGGCACCGAACUGGAGACGGUUGAGCAACAGAACCGAAACGAUGAUGUGAGCCACCAGAUUCAGCAAUACAACAAGGCAGCAGUUGCGCCACAGGAUAUCGCUGCCGAGGACGCCAUGGACAACAUCGUGCGCAUGGAGAACCAGCUCAAGAUUGUGCGUCGCCGCAACCAGCUUCUGGCGCGCGAGAAUGCCAUGCAGGAGAAGCUGCUGCGCGACCGGGCAAACAAGCUUGCAAGCUCGAAGAAAGAGCUGGACACGGUAAUGACCAUAACGGGCUGGUACGACGGCAAGCGUGAUGUGCAGUUCUCCCAGAUUGAGCGCGAGCGGGCGGAUAUCCACGACAUGGCACUUGUGGAGGCGUCUUUGCGCUCUGAAAUCAAGAGCAGCAAAGCGACUAUUGCGAAGCUGGAGAAGGUGGUGCUCGCGCUGAGCGCGAAGAUACUGGAGAACGAGGAGCGUCGCACGGAGUACAUGCAGCUGCGCAACGACUGCCGGGUACGCGAGAAAGAGUGCAGCGAGAUGCAGGCAAAGGCGCAACGCAUGGCGACGGACAACCAGAAGCUGCAGCUGGUUGUGAGGACAGAAAGCGAAUCAACCCUAGUCGACAGGAGUGUGGCGUGUAUGGAGAGCGAUCGCGAGUUCCUCUCCGACGCCGUACAAGACAUGAAGAUGGCCUGCCGCCGUCAGGAAAACGUCAUCAAGGCGCAAAUUGCACGUGAGCAGCAGCUGCAGCGGCGCUUGAAUACAGUGACAAGGUCGCUGAAUGAGAUGCGACUGGCGCGCGAAUUUGAACGCAACGUUGCCAAGUCGGCGUUGGUGCCGUCCGCCUCUCGUGAGGAGCCGGAGGACGUGGCAGCGGUACUGCCUCACAAUGAAUGCAUUCCAGUGGACACCUUUCGCCUCCUCUACAAGAACAACGAGAUGAUGCGCACCAACGUAGCACGCAAGAACAUGCUCGUGCUGGAGAAGGAGAGUGUUGUGCAAUCGAUGGAGACGAAGAUGGCACUGUACAUUGGCAAGCACAAUGAAUUUGUCCUUUUGGACGACAGCAUGCAGAUGUCAGGCGAGACCGCCGUACGAGCCGCAAAGCGCAACUUCGACGCCGAGGAGAAUAAUCUGACUCGCCAAAUCGAGGAUCUACGUGCAUCGAACAGUGAGAUGCGCGCCACUCUCUCCAAGACAGCCCCACCGACAUACAUUCGCAAGACCGCAUCAAAUCUCAGCAAAUGA